GCUAUGACGUGUCGCACUUGUGUUUACUUACGUGCCUGAUGUGCCAUGCGUCACUGGGACACGUCACGUGACUGUGCACGCGCUCAGUUGGCGUUGCCGCUAGCAUCCAUGACGACGAGUCGAGUUGAAUGGCAACUCUGAAGAAAAGUUCCUCCUCCAAACUUCGCCAGAAGUCCUUAAAAUGUUCCGUGUGUGUCAACAUUGUUGCAGUCUCCUGUCCAGGAAUCAUUCUGUCUCAGAAGAGCUACAUCUUUUUAAAGGUGUACAUGUUAGGCCAGUGUCAGAGAACGCCCUGCCAGCCCCCAGUCUUCCCUCUACUCUUCAAUCAAAAUAUGACAUUUGAGAAGACUUUCAGCGGUGUUGUUGACCCUGCUGAUGUAGCCGACCUCCUGGAAGCUGACACCACAACUUUUGAGCUGAUUCAGUUGGUGCCUCCAGAAUCUGAGGGAGAGAUCGUGGCAAGCAUGAAGGCAAACAGCCGACGAUUCCUGUAUCCUGCUGCGAGACUGUUGUCAGGAGAUGGAGCAGCAGAGAGAGACGUACUGAUGCAGCCGUGCUCUUCCUUCCCUGGAAUCCUUCCAAAAGUAAAGUUCUCCACUGCAUCAGUCAUUGAAGAGAGUGGUGGGAGACAGGUCUCAGCUUCAUCACCUGCCGGCGUAUAUUCCCCGGUGUUAACUCGGUCCAGGCAUGGUUCUAAAAUAACGUCGUCACAGUCACAGAGAAGUAUAUCAUCCAGAACAGCCGAUUGGGAGGCUGUACCUGAGGAGACUUCUGAGGCCUUUGCUGUAAAUCACUGCAUGUCAAGACUCUCCAACCCUUCACCUUUGCCUGCACCACAAACAAAGGAGAAGAAAGUUCAUGGUGGGUUUGGAUUCCAGCAGCCCACCUUGUCCUCUAUGAGUAGAACCUCGCCCCCAGACUCACACCUCAAAAUGUGCCUGCUGUCAGAGGGCAACAGGCAGAGGAUAAGCCUCCUCCAGCUUGGACCCUACGGGAAGAAGAAAGAGAGGCAGCCACCAUCACUGGCUGUGGGAUGCUGCAGCAGGCAGACCUCGCCUCCAAAAAAGAAUAAUCGUCACGUCGCUGUGUCGUCUGAUCUCAAAGCGUGUGUCAUUGCAGAUCCACACAUGGUUGGCUCCAGAUUCACCAACAAUGGGUCAGUUGCUGCAAGGCUUCCAUCACCUGAGAAAACUGCCAAAACUAAAAACCCUGUCAGAAGGACCAGCUCUUCUGUGGAAUCUCCAAACAUGUUGAAUCACACUGGAAGGUCCCAGACUGGCCCGUCCUACUGGGAGGAGAUUCACAGUCGAGUCCAGAGGAUUCUGCAGACGCACAGAGCCUCGUCACAGCACCUGAAGAGCCUUGACCUUUAAGGCUGAGACAAGCUGGACUCAAGAGGUAGAUCCAGGAGACACACCUCAAAUCUCUCUCAAAGUUAGAGCAUGACGGAGUCAGCUGGACCUUCCUAUUCAGUGUGUUGGAGAGAUUUGGUUUUAACAGCCAAUUUAUUAACUGUCUACAGUAAUCCUACAGCAAGACUAAGAAUAAACGGACAAGGCAGGGUUGCUGCCUCAGUCCCUCUCUCUUUGCACUUUUCAUAGAACCAUUGGCACAAACAACUAGGGAAUGCACCUAGCUAGAAGGUGUUCAGUUUGGCACAGAAAAACACAUCAUAGCAUUGUUUGCCGAUGAUAUUAUGGUAUAUCUCCGAAACCCUAAUUCAACCUUUGCUAAACUCAUGGAUAUUCUACAACCAAAUCCUGUCAUUCAACCAUGUGCCAAGUGAAAUAAUAGAACAGUGCUAUAAAGUAAAGUGGGACUCAAAGAUGAUCAAAUACUUUGGCAUAUUUUUGACACAUAAUUGGAAUCAGCUAUUCGAAGCAAAUUAUAAGGAUAUUAACAAAAAAAUAAACUUGGAUUUUUUUAGAUGGUCUACACUGGUGAUGGACAAGAAUUGAAGUACUUAAAAUGAAUCUUUUACCAAGACUAUCGUUCCUCUUUUUAUCACUUCCAAUUAUAAUUUCAGAAUCUCAGUUCUCCUCAGGGAACAAGAUGAUAUCCAGAUUUAUAUGGUCAGGAACAUUAGACACAAACUCUCUCCUGAAGGAAAUGAAAUUGUUCAGGUGUUCGUAGAGGCUUAUAAAGAAGUACCUACAAAAAUAGUCUCUAAAGUGUAUAUGGGCUUACAGAAAAACAACGGUGCAAACACACUAUGUUGAAACAAAAUGGGAACAGGAGUUGGAAAUCACAAUAUCUAAAAAAGAAUGGGGUUUAAUGUGCAAUACACAACACAGUACUACAGCUUCCAGAAAAUGGAGGGAAUUUGGCUGGAAGACCUUGAUUCGAUUUUUCAUUACACCGCAUAUGAGAGGCAAACAACUGGGAAAACCACAACAAUGCUGGAGAAAAUGUGGGCACAUGAAUGCUUCUCAUUCACAUAUAUUUUGGACCUGUACUAAAAUACAAACGUUCUGGGACAAUGUUAUAAAUAUUUUUGAGGAGAUAUUUGAAUGUAAUAUUCUUAAGGACCCACAGAUAUGUUUGCUGGCCCUCACAGGUGCAACAGGGUGAUCAAUAUUUAUUUAAAAUCUUGAUGCUUGCUGCUAAAAAAAAGCUAUUACAAGGAACUGGGUGAAAACUGAUGGACCUGAUGUACGAAGUUGGACUGACAUUAUUGAAGAAAUAAAGCAGAUGGAGCAUUUGACCUCUCUGUUGAGACUGAAAACUGGGUUGUACACAAAAAGAUGGACAAAAUGGAACAUUUUCAGCAAAGAAAUCUAACCUUAUCGUAAUUAUAAGUUAUUGUAAUAUCCCCAUUGUUUUUCUGUCUGUAUUUUAUUUUAUUGUUCUCUGUCUUUUCUUACAUGUUAUGAACCAUUGUAUGUAUCAUUUUCAAUCAUGCCUGUACUUUGUAAAAUUUAAAAAAUAAACAGUAAA